AGAAGGAUUAGGUUCUGGAAGCUCGCCAAUGUGCUGAGAGAUUCUUCCUCACCAACUAUUCCAAUUGACAUUUUGUUCUCUCUUGGACGAUUCGUGAGAUUGAGACGCCUAUAUAUUUCUCUGUUCGGUUCCGGCUUCUCUGAACUGAAGACGUGUUGUUGAGGGACAUCGUCGAUCAGCUGCGGUGCGCCAUGACAACAAAGGAUUCUAUCUUGAUCAUUGAAGUGGACCUCCAAUGCGAGAAAUGUUACAAGAAGAUUCAGAAAGUCCUCUGCAAACUCCAACCGAAGGAGAACAUCAGGAAGAUUGAUUUCGACAACACGAAGAACAGGGUCACCAUCUCGGGCCCCUUCGACGCAGAAAAACUGUCCAUGAAGCUGAGGUGCAAGGCCUGCGGGGUGAUCAAGGACAUCAAGCCUCCAGAGGAGAAGAAGCCCGAGGCAAAGAAGCCGGAGGAGAAGAAACCGGAAGAGAAGAAACCUGCUGCCGAGGAAAAGAAGAAGCCGGAGGAGAAGAAACCAGAAGAAAAGAAGAAGCCGGAAGAGAAGAAACCUGCCGAGGAAAAGAAGAAGGGUGAUGACGAGAAGGCGAAAUCGCCAUCGACGGCGGUGAACCUGCAGUUGACGAACAUAUGCGGCAUGUGCUACCCGUGGCCGUGCAGGGAGCCAGCGCACUGGGGGGGCAUCCACCACCCGCAGCACGUGAUGCCUCAGUGGCCGCCGUGGGGAGGGAUGGCGCCGGUUCAGCCCCCUCAGAAAUGGGCGCCGAUGUGCUGCCCGGGGCCGUCGCUGUGCAGAGGGUGCAACGGGUGCAAGAUCGUGCAGGAGACCAAGUUGAGCUACGAAGAGUACCCGUCCAGUUUGUGUGCCAUCAUGUGAUUUUGCUUGCAGUUAGUUUUCCUGAUUUGUUUGUUUAUCCAUGAUCAAUAUAUACCAGCAUGCAUUAUGUGCAAAAA